GCACUCUCAAGCUUUAAGCUCCAUGUGACUGCCGCUCCAGUUUUCUUUAAUGUUCAUGUCUUCGAAAGCAUUGUCAUUUCACUCUCCUUUGAAGCAUAUUGGAGUAAACAUCAGGAUUUUUGAAAAACCACACCCUGGCUCCAGUCUUUAUUUGAAGGGAGUUUGGCUUGCUGCUAAAUUGUGUUCACACAUAUGGAAACACACAAGGAGAGCAGUACAGUGAAAUGACAAACUCAGCUGGCUGAACAUCUUGGCAGAAGCGUACAGUAGCAAAUAGUGAGCAUCAUGGCUGAAAGGUAUCCAAAAGACACCACGUUAGGAAAGAUACAAAGUAAAAGUAACAGAGCAUCUGACACAUCCUCUAAAAGUUCCAUAAGAACUUCAAGAUCCUCAAGAUCUUCAGUUGGUGUUGCUGCAGCACGCGCUAGAGCUAAGGCAGAAGCAGCACGUGCACGAGUUACCUUUUCAGAGAGAGAAAUUGCAAUUAAAGUGGACUCAGCAAGACUACAAGCUAAUUUGGAAGCCCUACAUCUGGAAAAAGAGGCUGCAGCUGCUAGUGCAGAAGCGGAUAUAUUAGAAGCAGCAGCAGAGUUUGAGGAUGAGGAGCCAUAUGAAAGGAAAAGUCACUCUUCAUCAGCACAAAGCACAAAAAAACGUGUUUGUGAUUAUGUCAGGGAUCAAGCUACAUAUCUCAGUGAGCAGGCCGACUUAACCGCUGAUCAGUCUCAUGAUUGCAAAUCUGAACCAGACCAAGUAACGGAUCAGAACCAGUUUACCUCUCAAACUGAACCAAAUAUAGUGCAUGUGAAUGAUGACCAGUAUGUCGUACUUGAUGCAUGUUCUACAUCUCCAUCUCUAAGAGUGCCAAAACUGCAACAAGUAAAACUCCCAAGAAACAUGAAAAAAGAGUCAAUAGAAAUACCAGUCAGCAAUAAAUGGCAGCAACAGGCUAAGUGCAGUGGUGUAUCCAGAUCUUUGCCACAACACUCAGAAACUUCAGGCAUGAUGGACCUAGUGAAAUAUCUUGCACGUCGUGAGCUGGUGAGCAGUGGUUUAACACGCUUUGAUGAUCACCCUGAAAGUUACAGAGCCUGGAGGUCCUCUUUUAUCAACACAAUCAAAGACUUGGGUCUUACGGCCAGUGAGGAGCUAGACUUGUUGUCAAAGUGGCUUGGUAAAGAAUCUUCAGAAUACGUAAGACAUCUCAGGGCAGUUCACAUAGGAAACCCAGACACAGCCUUGAAAAUGGUCUGGAACAGACUUGAUGAAUGCUACAGCUCACCUGAAGUAAUCGAAAGUGCGUUGUUUAAGAAGUUAGACAGUUUUCCCAGGAUUUCAGGUAAAGACAACCUCAAAUUAAGAGAGCUAGGAGAUCUUUUAAUGGAGCUUCUCUCAGCCAAAGACGACGGCUAUCUACCAGGUUUAGCCUACUUAGACACUGCUCGCGGCAUCAGGCCCAUCGUUGAAAAACUGCCAUAUACCUUACAAGAGAAAUGGAUUUCUCAAGGCUCAAAGUUCAAAGAAGAAUUUGGUCUCACUUACCCUCCUUUCUCGUUCUUUACUCAGUUCAUUUGCAAUCAUGCUAAAACACGUAAUGAUCCCAGCUUUGCCUUUUCUAGUAGUUGCCGCCCACAGUAUGAAGGGCUCACUGUAAACCGCUCUAACUUCAAGACGCCAGUGUUGGUGCACAAAACUGAAAUCUCUCAUAGUGCAUUUCAAGACAAAAUGCCUUCUAAAGAUGAUCCAGCCAAAUACUGUCCUAUACACAACAAACCUCACCCUUUGAGGAAAUGUCGAGGCUUCAGAUUGAAAACCAUCGAUGAGCGAAAAGCAUACCUAAAAGACCAAGGGAUCUGCUUUAGGUGCUGCUCUUCAUCAUCACACUUUGCUCGCGAUUGCAAAGUCAUUCUAAAAUGUGAUGAGUGCAACAGUGACAGUCACAACUCAGCUCUGCAUCCUGGUCCUAUGGUCCGUGCUGCUGGAUUAUGGCUUAUUGGAGGAAAGAGAUGCAUAAGCAGUAUUCUUCAUGGAUGUGUAACCUGUCGUAAACUUCGUGGUAAACUUGAAAUGCAGAAAAUGUCAGACUUGCCACCAGAACGACUAAGUGUGUCACCACCCUUUACUUACACUGGCUUAGAUGUCUUUGGGCCUUGGACAGUGGUAGCUCGCCGAACAAGAGGAGGUCAAGCUCUCAGUAAACGCUGGGCGGUGCUUUUCACCUGCAUGAGCACCCGUGCAGUUCACAUUGAAGUCAUUAUGUCUAUGGACUCUUCGAGUUGUAUCAAUGCACUUCGCAGGUUUUUCGCGAUCCGUGGCCCUGAAAAACAACUGCACUCAGACUGUGGAACCAACUUUGUUGGUGCUUGCAAUGAUGUUUGA